UAUUGAUAAUAAGGUCGCUUCGCUAUUAAUAUGUGUAGGAAAACCAAUGUAAAAAUUAAACUUCCCAUACGCUGUGUGGUAAUUGAAGUCUGCACUACCAUUCACAACUCGUUAUCUCCUAUGACGAGCAAACUGCGUUGAAUGUACACAGCUGAGAUAUGGAUAUAAGUUUGUAUUUAUUAUUGAAGACACUUUUUAUUGGGAUUGUAGUGCUAAUUGUGUAUGCGGUUGUCAAAUUUUACCUUCACGUACGGAGGGUGGAGGCGAGGUUUAAAGGAAUCAGGACUCCCCCUAGCCACUGGCUUCUUGGAUCGUUCAGUCAGUUCCCGAAAGAUCCCACGGAACGGAUUUUUCAUUUUAUCAAGAUUUGUAACGAGUACGAGAAAGAUGGAAUUGUCUUCCUCUGGGGAUUUUUUCGGAAGCCCAUCGUCAUCGCCUGCACGCCGAAAUCUAUGGCAAGGAUCACAAAAAGCAACGCUCCUAAAUCGCGAGGUCUUAUUGGUAUGUACCGAUUGAUCGAGCCGUGGUUAGGGGAUGGACUCUUGGUCGCCAAUGGCCAGAAGUGGGCCCGCAAUCGCCGCCUACUCACUCCUGCUUUCCACUUCGACAUCCUUAAACCUUAUACUAACGUCUUUAAUGCCUCUGCGGAUGUUCUUGUGGCGAAAUUGAAGUCAAAGGCAGCUUCAAAUGAUCGAUUUGAUGUGUUCCAAAACGUGUUGCUAUGUACCCUUGAAAUUAUUCUCAAGUGCGCCUUCUCCUACGAAAAAGAUAUACAGCAAUCCGGAGACACGAAUCCGUAUGUAAAGGCGGUCAACAGAAUUACAGAUUCUCUUGUUCAGAGAUUCCUGUACCCAUACAUGCUGUUCGACUUUAUCUUCUAUAAAACUUCAGUUGGACGACAGUUUAAGAAGGACUGCAACUUUGUUCACAGCGUGGCCGAGGAAAUCAUUCAUAAACGUAAAAAUGCACUGGAUAGUGGCGAGAAUGUGGCUCUUGAGGGUAAGCGGUAUGUGGAUUUCCUGGAUAUUCUACUGACAGCCCGAGAUGAGGAAGGCGUAGGACUAUCUAGCCUCGAGGUCAGAAAUGAGGUCGACACUUUUUUAUUUGAAGGUCAUGAUACGACGGCGUCGGCGAUCUCAUGGAUCCUUUACUCGCUGGCGGAGCAUCCAGAGUACCAGAAGAGGUGUCAACAGGAAGUGGAUCAAGUGCUGGAAGGAAGGGACUCCGACUUUGUAGAAUGGUCCGACAUGCCCAAGUUUGAAUUCCUGACUCAGUGCAUCAAAGAGGGAAUGCGGCUCCACGGACCUGUUCCUAUAGUGAACAGGGAAGUCAAGGAGGACUUCGAGAUUGGUGGUCGGAAUAUUCCAGCAGGAUCAAUUGUGCAGCUCAACAUCUGGGCGCUCCACCACAAAGAGAGCGUCUGGGGCCCUGACCACAUGGAGUUUAAGCCAGAGCGAUUCUCACCGGAAAAUGUGGACAAAAUGUCUCCUUUUCAAUUUGUGCCUUUCUCAGCAGGUCCAAGGAAUUGCAUUGGCCAGCAUUUUGCAAUGAAUGAAGAAAAGUCUGUUCUUGCGAAAUUGCUACGAAAUUUCACAUUCCGCAUAGACACUAGCCACGUAGUGAAAAAGAAUCUGUCUGCGGUUAUGCGGACAGUUGAUGGCAUGUUCAUGUACGUUGAGGAGCGCAAAGCGUGAACAGGGAAAUAUGAUGAAUCAGUAAAGAUAUUUAUGGUGAAGUGGGGAAUGUAUAUAAAUGGAAUUGGCUUUCAUUGGAGGUUGUUGAACAUAAUAACGAAUGUAUUUUUGUAAAUAUUUAACCUCAUUCGUCGUAAGAUAUACCAGCGAUUCUAUAACGAUCUGUUUCAUUUUUGUUCUCCUAGUAUUAACGGAUUACAUUGCAUCAGGCUAUUCCAUAGAAUGGGGCAACAAAUUAUAUUCUUCAGCAUUACGUUAUUGUUCAGCUUUAUCCAGACUAAACUGUUAAAAAUGCUGAACGUGCUGUAUAGAAAUAGAUUAUGUGCUAUUAUUUUCAUCAAGAUCUUUAGAGAAAUGUAAACGACUAUCGUUUAUUACAAUCAGACACCUCGACAAUAUUCCAUCGAAAACAACCGCGGAUGUAUGCCAUUAGAAGAAGUUCGUAAAAGUUAGAAUAAUGAUAAUGAUAAUAAUUAAUUGUGAUGUUUUGUAAUUUGUAUUACUUAGUUUCAAAGCUCGAGUUAAAACUACAAUUACAAAAUAUAAACGUUGGUGAAAUAACUGAACAAAUCUCGUACUUAGAAAUUGAGCGAAACAAAAUUGUAUCAAAACUUGUUGAUGGUUCAAUUCUUUGAUCAAAAGGCAAUUCAUAUUAUAAACAAUGAAAACAUACAGCAUACUUUUCAAAUGUCGAAACAAAAAGUGCAGAAAUAAAAACAAGGCACAAACUUCAAAUAAAUAAUAAUGUUACAUAUUUGUCCAAAAGAAAUAUUUAAGGAGCACCAUAUAGAGUUAUUCUAAUUUAUACAAGAAAAAAAACACUAACUGAAGCUGAUUAAUCUUUAUCAGUUUAUAAGACUUCUCCAAAACCAAAUUAAACAAUGAACACAUGUGAAGGCCUAUUAACAGAUCAAAUGUUUCAAAGUACUUAACGAAAUGAAAAACAAAGGAGGUCUAGGAUCUGUAACUAAAUCGUUUACAUCUGGACAUUCAAGUGUCGCUACUCCAAAAACAAGUUCUUAUUUCCCUCGUUCCAAAAUGUGGUAAACCUGUGGUCUCAAUAUUUUUUUAUUUGAUCUUAAUUCUAAUUCGAUUAACGUAAACUUAAAACAGAAACUUUUGGUGUAUUUGAAAAAUCACAACAUACAACAAUUAUAAACUUUAAAAUAAUGCUAAUUAAUUUUUUUCAUACGUAGCGUGUUAAGAACAGAAACACUAUGCAUCCUUUUUGACCAUUUCAAACUAAGAAAAAAUCGCGAAACGGCUCUUAUCUACAACAAAAACUUCCAUGGGAACAAAUGGCAUCGCCUUAGUAACUACAUACACAUUUCCGUUUUACCUUUCUUCCUCAUUAUUAUCUAACAGAUGUCCCUUUUUUCUAUAAUAUUAAAGUCUUUGAAGAUAAAAUAAAUGAUUUCCUGUUUUGGUAGCCAUCAAUAUACUGUAGAAUAUUUUGUACAAUGUAUUUUCAAUGAGAUAUACGUCCGUUAUCGAUAUAAAAAGCACAUAUCAUACAAAUAAUAUGUACCUUUAUAAAUGUCUAAAUAAUAUGUUUACAUAUGCUUUAUUUGUGCUGUGUUAUAUAUCGCUUGUUGAUAUUAAAUACCAAUGAACAAAAUGCCUGAGUAUGCAUGAUU